AUGGGAACGGAGGUGGUGGUGGAUAGAUGGGGGACCUGGGAGGAGCUCCUCCUUGGUGGUGCCGUCCUCCGCCACGGGACUCAAGCAUGGAACGUCGUCGCCGCUGAACUCCGAGCCCGAGCAGUUUGUUCAGACACUUUUACCCCUGAGGUAUGUAAAGCUAAAUAUGAAGACUUGCGACAACGGUAUUCUGGGAGCACGGCUUGGUUUGAAGAGCUUAAGAAGAGAAGAGUGGAAGAGCUGAAAAAAGCUAUGGAGCGAUCCGAAGUCUCAAUUGGGUCUCUUCAAUCAAAGCUUGAAGUCCUCGAGGCCGAGAAGAAUGAAAAAAAAGAUGAUUGUAAAAAUGGCUUAGAAAGUCCGGUAUCACAUAUACCAUCGAAGAAAUUGCAAAGAGUUGAAUCUUCAACUAAAGAUACAUCAAAGGAUGAUUUAUCAGCUGGAAGUUUCACACACGAAACGAGGUUAAACUGGUCUCCUGAAUCCCAGCUUCCAGCCGCGUCUGCUGAUGAUAAUGAAACUAAGCCCGAAGUUUCACAAUCUACCGAGCAGAUUAAAGUUUCGAAUGUAGAUAAUUUGGCUAACUUUUUAUAUGAAGGACAAAUAAGAACUUGUAGAAAGCCGAGAGGGAAGAGAAAAAGAAAGGAUUGUAGCAGAAGUAUUAAAGAAGCAGCAAGUGUUGGAGAAAGUGACUUAAUAGAUUCGGCCGAUGUUCUUUCUUGGUGUAAAGAAAGUUCUACCAGUAACUGCGGUGAAGUUGCAAAGUCUUCUGAUGAUGUAGAUAAUCGAAAUAAGAACUUGAAAAAGCGCUACGCGGAAGAUAUGAUUGAGAUCUUAGAUUCUAUUUUUGAGACAAAAGGCGCCUCUGCCUUCCGUCGCAGACUUGAUAGUCAGAAGAGAGGAAGGUACAAGAAAAUGAUCCGGCAGCACAUGGAUUUCGACACGAUAAGGUCAAGAAUCAGCAUCCGAACGAUUAAAUCAACUGUAGAACUAUUCCGAGACUUGCUGCUUCUCACCAACAAUGCCUUAGUCUUUUACUCGAAGAACACUCGCGAGUAUAAAACUGCUCUCGUUCUAAGAGACAUUGUCACCAAAAAAAUGAGAGAAAAUUUCAAGGGUAGUAAUAAUAGUACUAGCAGCAGCAAAGUCAGUAAAAUCACUGAGCCUAAAGAGCCUAAUGAGUCUGUGAAAUUACCUGUUCAUAAUGUUCAUGUGAAACCAAGAAGUGUAAGACCAGGAAACAGAAAAAUCGUUGCGAAGGCUGGUGGUGGCAACAACUCUGCAUCGGGGAUGCCACACUCACAAGGAGCUAAGAAGCCGGUUAAAGCCGAUUCUUCACCUUCUGUGGAAUCUUUAAAGGUCGUGAAGAAAAGUUUAAGUAGACCGAAAAGAGUUGAACGUGUGACUUCAUGUCAAAAGAUUACAACACCGACGAAAGGAAAGAAAAGAGUUAGAACAAAACCAUAG